UGCUCUUGUGUUGUCAACUGUAAACAGGCCACGAAGAAGAAGAAGGCUAACCGGUAGCCAGCUAGCUCCACCAGCUGCUGUUGUAAUGGUAGCAAACCCAGCUGGGGAGGACUGCUGUGUGCUCAAACUUUUGUAUAAGUCUGGCGCUUCAUCAUGCGGCGGGGGGAGCACAUCUCACAGGCUUUCCAGGCCCCGGUGGACGUCCACGCCAGUGCAGAUGGCCAGGUUUACAUGUUCAAUAGGAGGCCCAAUGAGUCUACUGCAUCCUCAGAUGACGAGGAGCUCAAUGUCAUGGAGAUGAGGCCGUGGGUUUUCCAAGAUCAGGAGCAGGACAGACUGAGGAACAUCCAGCUGCUGGAGCGUGAGGUGCUAGACGGCGACAACCUCAACAAGCUUGCACUGCAAUACGGCUGCAAGGUGGCAGAUAUAAAGCGGGUGAACAACCUGAUGCAAGAACAAGAUUUAUUCGCGUUGAAAUCUAUCAAAAUACCUGUUCAGAAACACAGCUUUUUAACGGACAUGUACGCAAACCCAAGCGACCCUCAAGAAGAAAUGCCACAUCCAUCCACCACACUAGUGAAGCCUCCGGACCGAGACAGAGCCGUACCACAUCUGCAGGAGGUCACAGACUUUCUGAUGGAGGUGGACCACGAUAUCGAGAAACUGAUUCAGACCACGAACGAACAAGAUGACGUCUUCUUGGAUAACUCGGGGAAACAGCAUAGGUUUGGUUUCAGAGGGCAGCGCCUGACCAGUCACGGUGCAGACUGGGGCAUCCAGUGGUGGAACGCCGUUGUUGCCAUGCUCCUGAUAGGCAUCGUCCUGCCAUUAUUUUACGUUAUUUAUUUCAAGACAAAAGAUAAUGGAGAAGUUAGUGAUAGUGGUGCUUUACAGUUAUCCACCACCUCUUCAAACUCCUCGGGGACAGGCCUUGAUACAAAAGGACUGGAGCAUUUUCAAGAACCAGGCUAGUGCAGAAACAGGAAUUAUUUUUAAACUGUGCCGUUUGAUGGUUUAAUGGAAGUGAGUGACCAUCAAGUUAAAGCCAUAUCUAACAUUUAAAUUGUGCAAUGUGUCAGCGAAUUUUACCUUUUUUAUUUUAUACUGUAAAAAACUGUUUUAAUAACUAUGUUUGAGGCAGAUACUUCAAUGAUUGUCUUGAAGGGAAAUCGCUGCACUGUCCUCAUUUUGACAAUUUAAGACACUAAGAUUUUAUCAAACUGCUUUCAUUGAUUACAGUUCCCUGAAAUCUGAGAUCCUUUGGUUUGAAAAACAGUUGUUUGUUGGGAGCACAGUUCCUCCUUCUUUCCCUAAUCUCAGAUAUUAAACGGUUGUGUCUUGAAGUUCCUCAGGUUGAAUAGUACGUGGAAAUAUAAAAUGUAUUUCUGUGUGGGGAAAAAAAAACCAAUGGCUCUGUAGGCAUUGCUGUUCUUUAACACAACUUGCCUUUCCACCAGUGCCUGUUGCCAGUAUCAUCACAUCAACAAGUGUCAUCAUAUCAGUGUCAUAGAUUGACGCAUUCUUGAUAUCUGUCCCAAUAGAUUAAUAUAUAUUUUUAAACUUUUGCCUAACAAGAAUAAAAUGAGAGAAAAGUGUGUGAGGUUUAACUGUAUUUGACAGGUUUGAGCAUAAAUUGUGUGCCUUGUUUGAUUUAACUUAUUUGUGGCUGUGUUGAUUGUCUAGGUAAUACUGUGUACCUCAUGCCUUCUCUCUGGGUCUGAAUACAGUGCCAAAUGUGAAAAUUGUGUUUACAGUAAGAAUUUGGUGGAAUUCUUUAUCUUGUUAGAUUGUAUGUGCUCAUAUGGCACCUUGAGAUCUUUAAUCUUCAAGGUGUUUCAUUUUGAAAAUGACUUCUAGUCAUCCAAAAGUUCCCUGAAUUAAGUGUGAGACAUUAAAAAUGCCUUUAACCUUCAUUCGCAGGUUAAUAUAAUGUUGCACACUUGUCUGAUGGGUAAUUGAAUCCACUUUUUAAACGCUAAACUAUUUAAUGUAAUGAAACUGGAUUUAGCUGACAUAUUUUUCAAACUUUUAAGUAAAUUUUGAAACCAUUUUAGAUGCCAAAAUUUACAUGAAGGAUGUCCAAAAAUGUUUUUAUGCAGCAUGUUCCUAUUUGAAUACAAACUUUACAGUGUUAAAGUGUCCCUGAAGUAUCCUCUGACAAAAUGGUGCGUCUUGUUUUUUUGUGUCGUGUUUUUUCUCAUCUUAUCCUCCAAGUCUUAUCACACUUGUGUAUUAAAAUUUUAUC